AUGUAUGUAGGCGAAGCGAAGCAUCUCUUUGUUCGACUGUGGAUGCGAAGAAAGAGACGAUGGGUACGACUCGAUAAGCUCAAAGCGAACAAUAAGCAUGUACGCGAUUUCGAUGUUGCUGGACGACAGCUACGUGAGCACGGUCUCCUUGCGACACACGAAAUUCCAGUGGACGACGCGUUGGAGCUCUUGUCGGUUGAGGAACUGAAACUAAUUGCGCCCUGCAGGGCAACCAACAGAGCCGGCUAUCUUGCAGCCAUCAAGACGCAAUACAAUGCUGCCGAAAUCCGUCGCCGUGUUGGUUCUUGCAUCUUACUCGAUGAGCACGUACACGCGCUAUUCCAUCGAGUCCAUUUAAUCUACUACCGUCUCACGGUUCUCGAACAAGAUAACCCCAUGGUGGCUGCCAUAUUAGCACGUAUCAGCCGACGCAACUAUCCCGAGUAUGUGACAUGUCGUACCACAAACGUCUGGCCGUCACGGGAUGACUUUUUAGCAUACGAGCAGGCUUUGCAAAUUGAGCGGCAAUUUGAAGAGCAAAGUUUAACAUGUUCAACGGCAAGUCGAGUCGUCGUAGGCGACAUGCUUGCAUGCUGGGAGCUUUGCGAGAAUUGCAUCGGUGUAUGGGAGGAUAUGCUGAAAACAAGGGACGAGACACGAUGCUAUGCCUUGCGACAAUUCGAAGCAUGCCGUGUGUACACGCGACUCUUGGACCAUGGAACACACGUUCUUGCGAAACUCCAUGAAUAUGAAUUAGAAGGCAUCAUGUUACGCAAACUGCUGGAUCAGAAAGUGUACAGACUUGCUAAGCGGGGCUAUUGGUACGACCGUCUAGCGCUGGUGCAAAUGAAAAACGUGGAUCGCAAGGCGAAAAAGCAAGCGUUGGCAACGUGUAUUGAAGGCGUCCAGGAUCCAACGGUGCAUUCCAUCGAUCUUCACAGACUGCAUCGACGUAUCCAUAGACUGGAACGUGAUCUUGCGAUACCCAAACGCGAACAAUUGGACUUUUCAUACCUGAAACUGCGAAAGCCGGAAGAGCGAAUUAUUUAUGGCGAACGGAUCUCAGACGCGGUGACAGGGUUCAAAUCAGUAUGGCGAGCGGACGAUGGUGCAGAAUGUUCGGUUGAAGCGCUGGCGCUCGACUAUUACAAGAAGCAAGGCUAUACCCAAGGGCACCACACAGAGAACGGCAUGCUUUCGAUGCUUUUCAUGCUACUGUUUUGGGACAUUGUGUUUGCGCCUAGGGAUGGCGUGUUUGAAACACCCUACCAAACUGCGCCGCUGGAUAUGGGUUCUGAUUCCUUUUAUGCUGGGCGCGUUGGUAUGAUCAACGGCAGGAUCGCGGACAUAGAGCAAGGGAAAUUCCUAGAGUUGAUUACUCGAGUAGAUGAACGUGAACGACCACGACAGACUGUAUGUGUCGGUGUGCACUGGGAUUAUACGCUGGAAGAACUAUUGCAGUUAGCAGAGUGUAUGGGUGCAAUGGCACUUUCAUCCUUGUGUCGGCUAUUGGCAGAAGAAUUUGGACAACGCCGCGGUGGCAUGCCUGAUUUGUGCUGCUGGGACUACGAAGGAAAGAAAUGCUUAUUUGUUGAAGUCAAAGGCCCUGGAGACAAACUGUCGGAAACGCAAAAGGCUUGGAUUGAUACAUUAGCAGGCUUCAAUCUCGCUGUAGAAGUGUGCUAUGUCAAGAUCUGGAAAGGUGAAGAUGUGCUACUAUGA